UUGUGGGUGAAUGGAGGAGACUCUUCCUGGAGAGUAAACACUCACGCACAGACUAGCUGAUUACAUCGGAUCCCUCACCGUUUAACACUAAAAAAUCACCCCCAAACAUGCCUGCUGAUACUAAACAAAUCUAUGAGUUGGAAUCUGAAUUGUACUUCCUAAUAGCCAGAUUUUUGGCAUCAGGACCCUGUCAGAAGGCGACUGAGGUCCUGAUACGCGAAGUGGAGGAGAAGCAGCUGCUGCCGAAACGGAUAGACUGGAAGGGCAAUGAGCAUCCCAGGACCUACGAAAAUUUGGUGAAAACUCAUAGACAUGUAGCUCCAGAUCAUCUUCUUCAGAUAUGUCAGCGACUUGGACCUCUUCUAGAGAAAGAGACCCCACAGAGUGUCCCUGGGGUGCAUUCGUUACUGGGAGCUGGAAGACAGUCUAUGCUUCGAACAAACAAAAGUUGUAAACAUGUUGUAUGGAAAGGAUCGGCACUUGCAGCAUUGCAUCGAGGAAGGCCCCCUGAGCCACCAAUCAAUUAUGGUAGCCCACCUAAUAUAGUGGAUACUGUUCGGGCACGACAGCUCACAGGGAGCUUUCGACUCAGUCAGCUUGUUCCUACAGCUGUAUAUCUACAUAUGAAGAUGCACAAGCGAAUUCUGGGGCACCUAUCAUCUGUUUACUGUGUUACUUUUGAUCGAACAGGGAGGAGAAUAUUUACUGGAUCUGAUGAUUGUCUGGUGAAGAUUUGGACAACAGAUGACGGCAGGCUACUGGCAACUUUGCGAGGACAUUCUGCUGAAAUCUCGGACAUGGCAGUAAACUAUGAAAAUACCAUGAUUGCUGCAGGCAGCUGUGAUAAAAUCAUCCGGGUUUGGUGCCUUCGGACAUGUGCGCCCUUAGCCGUUCUGCAGGGUCACACUGCAUCCAUCACAUCCGUGCAGUUUUCGCCAAUGUGUACUGGCUCUAUGAGGUUCCUGUCUUCCACAGGGGCAGAUGGUACAGUUUGUUUCUGGCAGUGGGAUGCUGGCAUGUACAAAUUUAGCCAUCGGCCAAUUAAAUUUACUGAGCGACCAAGGCCAGGGGUUCAAAUGAUCUGUUCUUCUUUCAGUGCUGGUGGAAUGUUUUUGGCAACAGGGAGCACGGAUCAUAUCAUAAGAGUUUACUACUUUGGGUCAGGGCAACCUGAGAAGAUUUCAGAGUUGGAGUUUCAUACCGACAAAGUUGACAGUAUUCAGUUCUCCAACAUGAGUGACAGGUUUGUUAGUGGAAGUCGUGACGGGACUGCAAGGAUCUGGCAGUUUCGACGGCAAGAAUGGAAAAGCAUUUUACUGGACAUGGCUGUCAAGCCAGCUGGGUAUAAUCCACAAGGAUUGGAAGAUAAAGUGAACAAACUGAAAGUAACCAUGGUGGCAUGGGAUCGUCACGACAACACCGUUAUUACAGCAGUCAAUAACCUUACAUUGAAGGUUUGGAAUUCUUGCACUGGUCAGCUCAUACAUGUUCUGAUGGGACAUGAAGAUGAAGUGUUUGUACUUGAACCACAUCCUUUUGACCCCAGGGUCCUCUUCUCUGCAGGGCAUGAUGGCAAUGUGAUCGUUUGGGACAUAGUGAGGGGAGUGAAAAUUCGGUCUUAUUUCAAUAUGAUUGAGGGUCAGGGACAUGGAGCAGUGUUUGACUGUAAGUGCUCCCCUGAUGGGCAGCAUUUUGCAUGUACUGACUCCCAUGGGCAUCUUCUCAUCUUUGGCUUUGGCUCAAGCAGUAAAUAUGACAAGAUUUCUGAUCAGAUGUUCUUCCACACGGAUUAUCGACCCUUAAUUCGUGAUGCCAACAACUAUGUCUUGGAUGAGCAGACACAACAGGCACCGCAUCUCAUGCCGCCUCCAUUCCUGGUGGAUGUGGAUGGCAAUCCCCAUCCACCAAAAUACCAACGACUGGUACCUGGCCGGGAGAACUGUAAAGAUGACCAACUCAUCCCACAGAUGGGCGUGUCUGCCACAGGCUUAAAUCAAGUUCUUAGUCAGCAAGCAAGCCAUGAAAUCAGCCCUUUAGACAACAUAAUUCAACGACUUCAACAGGAACAAGACCAGAGACUGACUGCAGGUGCCAACAACAGCUUGAACAGAGGGAGAAUAGGCUCACAGAGUUCUUCCUCUGAGAUGCAUUCACCUCCAAAUGUUGGAUUGAGACGCAGUGGACAAAUCGAGGGUGUGCGGCAGAUGCACAGCAAUGCACCAAGAAGUGAAAUUGCCACUGAACGAGACCUUGUUGCCUGGAGUCGAAGGGUGGUAGUACCAGAACUAACCCAAGGUGUAGCCAGUAAGCAGGAAGAAUGUAGAACAGCCAAAGGGGAAGAGGAGGUAAACAUUUUUAAAUGUGAAAAGAAAAAGAAAUCAGCAAUUCAGGCUCAACGAGAAAACAAGAUGCAUUCCUAUGAACGCUUGCAAGAAAGUGGAGAAGGAAGAAAACAGAGCCGCCAGAGUAUACACAAUUACUGCACGCGAUCUGCAAUGGAUGAUGGCAGCAGAAGUUCACAACAGAAUGUAGAUUACAAUAGCUCUUCAGAGGAAGUUGAAGUCCGUGCUGUCAAUGGUGUGACCUCAGAAGAAGAUGGGGAUGCCUGGCACAACGAAAGCAGCAGCUCGAGUGAUUAUUCAAGUGACUAUUCUGACUGGACAGCGGAUGCCGGCAUUAACCUCCAGCCACCAAAGAAAUCUUCACGGCAGCAAGCGAAGAAAGCUAUUAGCAGUUCAGAAGAUGAAGGAGAAAAAGAGAAGGGGAAAGAAAAAGAGAUCAAGAAGGAAAGGAAGAAACAUAAAGAAGACAAAGAUGGUACAGCACCUCCAAAGAUAAGGAGGAAACCGAGGGAGAAAAGAAUAAAGAGACCACCAGCAGGAGUCUUACCGAAGCAGGGAGAAACUUUGGAAGAGUGGCUUCCACCUGUUUGGAUUACUGACACUAUGCCCAGGCGUUGCCCUUUUGUACCACAAAUGGGUGAUGAGGUUUACUAUUUUCGACAGGGUCACGAAGCCUAUGUUGAAAUGGCAAAGAAGCUAAAACUUUUUCGCAUAAAUACUAAAAAGCAGGCAUGGCACAAGAUGGAUUUACGGGAGCAAGAGCUAGUGAAAAUAGUUGGGAUCAAAUAUGAAGUGGGACCCCCAUCUCUGUGCUGUCUCAAACUGGCUUUCAUCGACCCAGACACCGGGAAACUGACAGGAGGCUCGUUUUCUAUGAAGUACCAUGAUAUGCCAGAUGUCAUUGAUUUUCUAGUGCUGCGACAGCAGUUUGAUGAGACAAAAUCUCGACGAUGGAAGAUUGGUGAUCGAUUUCGGUCCGUGAUUGAUGAUGCGUGGUGGUUUGGGACCAUUGAAAGCCAGGAGCCCCUGCAACCAGACUAUCCUGAUAGUCUAUUCCAGUGCUACAAUGUCUGCUGGGAUAAUGGAGACACUGAAAAGAUGAGCCCUUGGGAUAUGGAAGUGAUACCAGCUGAUGCUGUUUUCCCCACUGAACCUGGGUCAAGUGUUCCCUUGACUGCUGCUGAGCAUAAGAUACAGCUGUACAAAUCUCAGGAAGGAGAAUGGGGCUGCAGGAAGAGAGAUGCUGAAUGUGAAAGAAUUCAUGGUGGGAUCAGUCAGCUCAUAACUCUUGACAUUGCUGCUCCAUUUGUGGCACCUGUGGACCUUCAGGCUUAUCCCUUAUAUUGUACAGUAGUGGCUUAUCCCACGGACCUUAACACAAUCAAAGAGAGGGUAGAGAAUAGGUUUUACAGACGUAUGUCAUCCCUGAUGUGGGAGGUACGAUAUAUUGAACACAAUGCACGGACUUUCAACGAACCUGGAAGCCCCAUAGUUAAAUCUGCCAAAUUAGUCAUUGAUGUUCUCCUGCAGUUUAUAAAAGACCAGAACUCUACUGACAUCCUUCCAUUCUACAAUAACUUGAAGAAGAAAAUGAUGUCAGAUGAAGAAGAUGAGGAUGAUGAGGCAGAGAAUUCUGAUGUUCCAGGAACCUCCACCAGAAAUAAGAAGGAACACCAGCCUAGGAGGACACAGCGUAAUCGUGUUCAGUCACAUGAUGUUAAUGCCUGGAAAGUGCGCUGUAGAGAGCUGCUGCAUCUAAUCUUUCAGUGUGAAGACUCGGAGCCUUUCCGUCGGCCUGUGGAUUUAUUUCAGUAUCCAGAUUAUAGAGAUAUCAUUGACACACCAAUGGAUUUCGGAACAGUUCAAGAGACAUUGGAAGCUGGAAAUUAUGAGACGCCAUUGGAAUUAUGUAAAGACGUGCGCCUUAUUUUUAGCAACUCCAAGGCUUACACUCCCAGCAAAAAGUCAAGGAUCUAUAGUAUGAGUUUACGGCUGUCGGCAUUGUUUGAAGAACACAUGAGCUCCAUCAUUUCUGAUUAUAAAGCAGCAGUUCGAUUCUGUUCAAGAAAGAAGGCUUCCAGCCAAAGGCGCAAGCGAAGAAGAAGUAGCUCCCCCUCUAGCAGUGCUGCGUCGAGCCCUGAAAGGAAACGAAGGUUUUUAAAACCCCAAGCCAAGAUAGAGCAGCCCAUUUCUUCAACCUUAUCUAUGCCUGUGAGAUCAACAAGUAUGAAAACCUCUGUUAUUCAGGCCAAUGGUAAGGCAGGUGAAUCUGCUUCUGUCGUCCGUACCAGAAGCACAAGGCUACGACCGGGGAUCACCUCCGGGACCGAAACACCAUCUUCAUUAGGAGUAGUGGCAGCAGUUUCAAAAUCUUCUGUUGCGUCAUCAACAGGAAGUGCAACAGACCAUAACGCUAAGCCAUCGAAAUCCCAGAACAAUCUCUGUUAUCCUAAACCAUCUGAAUCAAAACACAAUACUCAGACUUCAUUGACAGAUGAAAAGCCUGAGAAAAGGAGAUUAACACGUAGAAAUAAAUCAACACCGUACAAACAACCUAAAGGUGACAUCAAAGCUGAAUCUUCAACACAGAAGACCCCACAAAUAAAUGGACACAGUGUAUGUAUCUCUGAACCUGUCAUUAAGAGAGGUCCUGGUAGGAAACCACAGGAAGUAAAAAGUCUUAAAGGACCUGGUAAGAAAAGAGGUAGGAAAAGUAAAAAAGAGCUACUUAGUAUUGAACAAGAAAAUGAAAUGAAGAAAGCAGAAGUCAAAAAGGACACGUCGAAUGAGAAUGGUGAAGAAGCUACCUCAGAAAGCAGCUCUAGUUCAGAGAGCAACACACAAAGAAAAUCUUUGCAGAAGAAGCCAACAAGAGGCAGGAAACCCAAAGGAAAGAGUCUACAAGCUAAAUCCAAAUUGACAGUUGCUGCUAAACGUAAAAUGCAGACAAGGAGCAACAGGCGGAAGCAUGAGGAGCCUAUGGAGCCCAUUGAGCCUAUAGAGCCUGUGGAAGAUGACAAAAGGACUGAGGAAGCCAUGGGCUCUAAAUCUGUCAUGAAAACGAGGAAUCAAGGUAGACGGACAACAUGCUACAAUGAGGAGGAUUCAGAGGAGGAGCAAAGGCAGCUACUGUUUGAAGAUUCCUCUUUAACUUUUGGAACAUCCAGUAGGGGCAGGCUGCGGAAACUGACUGAAAAAGCAAAGGCUAACCUGAUUGGUUGGUAAACAACUGUAGGGUUUUGUCUACUCAAUGAGGCUUCUUGUUUAGACAAGAACAGGUAAGGGAUUGGUGCACUUGAGGUCACUGCAUUCUCACUUGCAGACAGGUUGAAGAUGUGACUUGAAUUUGGUUUAAUCAGAAGGCCAAAUGAGCAAGGACUGAUUUCUUUAAAAACCAUUUAAUCUUUAGAGAGUUAAAAAUCUUGUUUGAUAUUCUUAGUUACUGGCUGGUGCACUAUGUCAACACACAAAUCUUUGAUGUUUUGCCAGCAUUAAUUCAUGGUAAAAUAUUGGCAUUUUGAUGUACAUUUUCAUCUUCUACUUCCAUCUUCUGUUCUCUGAAGAACCGCAGAUUCGGGCUUUGUUUUGGUUGUCGGGGCAAACUUGCAGACUAGAGGGUUGGGAUCAGUUAGUAUUUGCAUUUGACAAAACUGUAACAAUUAAUGAUUGGCAAUUGGUUGCCACUAAAUUUGACAAGUUCCUUUUUAAAAAUGCCUUUUAAACUUAUGAGUUUCAUUAUUUUAUGUUCAGAGAUAUUUUAGGUAUUCCAUUCUGUUUUUAAACUGUUAUUUGUACCUACCAAGAAUUUAUAAGUCAUCUAAAAUAAUAAAUUCAAAUACAUUCAAAAUGUGAUUGUCAUGUUUCAGUAUCCCUGAAAGCACAUGUAAUAUUUAGGUUAAAUGUUUGCAGCCCCCAAAAGUCUGCAUUAAUGGUCAAAUACUUCCAAAAAUGUACUAUGGUCAGUAUUUUUUAAAUCCUUUAGCUAUUCCUUAAAUUUCUUAAUGUUGGGACACAUUUAAAUGUAUAGUAAUAUUUACCUUCUAUACAAAAUUUAACACAUCUAUGUUGCAUUGUCUUGCAUCUUUUAAGGAAAAGGUUAGAAUAGUUUUGUUUAUUGUUAAUUGGUUUGUACAUCUGCAAAUGUGCCUCACUCUUCAAUGAGCAUAUUUAAGUUGAAGUCCUAAAUGCCAAGUUGGUAAGGAUGUUAAAAGAUGACUUUACUCUUAUUUUGAGUCUGAAAAUAUAUGCCAUCAAAUAAUUUUCCACUUACAUGCCUUACAUUUCUAGUUUAUGAUAAUUUCAUAUACUCAUUCACAGUCAUAAAAUGUUUGAAAGUGUUUGCACCACUAGUUAUGUGUAAUUAUCUGCUCAUUACUACUAAACAGGUAUAAUCGUAUUUUUUGUCGCCAAAAAUACAUUUAGAUUUUUCAGGUUGUACUUCACCUCCCCCCUCCUCCUCCACAACUUAACAAUCAGUCCUUGCUUAUUUGUCAGUCACAAUGUACUGCAGAGACUUGACUUCAAGUGCAUUUGGGCAUCUGCAAUUCAAGCUUUCCAAAGAAUUGCUCAAAUAGCCUGUCAUGUUCCCACUAUUCUGAAGCAAUUGUAAGCUGCUUCUCCCAUUUAUUGAAUGUAGAGGCAAACAAAAAAAAAAGACUGCAUUGCACUGGAACCGAGUGGUUGUCUCUUGCUUACCUUACACAAUCAGGAAAAAAAAAACUGUUGCCGAAGAAAAAAAGGAGACUGGUUUUAAUUAUGUUUUCGCUUAUGUGGACACACACACACACACACACACACACACACACGAAUUGUAUAUUGUAAGUAGAAAAAAUAUUUUAAGAUAUAGUACAGGGAUGGGGUUGAGAUGUGCCAUCUGUCCAAAUGGCUUUAUAGCACACUCACAUAUAAACGCUUUAUAAAGGGUUUAUAAGAACAUGCCCAGCUCCUUUAUUGGUUGGGGAAGGUUAUGAGAUUUUAGAAUUACCAAGCAUGUGAAUCGUGCUGAAAUUUCCAGACUUGUAUAGUUUGUGAGAAUUUCCCCCACCCCUUCAACAAUACAGGAUUUCAUGGGAACUUGGUACGCAAUUAACAAAUGUCAUGGUUUAAAGGUCCCAUUGUAUAUGAAUAUUAGCUCAAUUAUGCUUACUUGGGCUUUCUAGGGAGAAACAUUCAUUCCAUGCAGUAAUCUGUUCUGGAGCUUGCACCCUAUUUUCUGAUUUUAAAAAAAGUUGGCUUUUUUGUAAUCAGUAAUUAAGUGGUCAAAUUACUUUUUAUUGGAUGUUUGCAAAUAGUACAUUACUACACAGUGUCGUUUUUGUGCACUUUCUGCCUAUGUCUGUUAUGCUACAUUAAGUCAGUAUCUUCCCUCAAAAGGUAUAGCAUUUGGUGAUUGUGCCUUGAAUAUAUCAUUUUUUCUAUUUUCUUGUUAAUGGUUAGGGCUGGGACAAAGAUUAUUACACUCCCGAGGUUUUCUACCUUUUGACACCACCAUAUGUAAAUAACAAGCAAAACUGUGUUUUUAAACAUGAGAGCACAGAUAAUUACUUUUGAAAGUGAUGAGAUGCCAUGCGCCGCAUGCAGUAAAUGUAUACAUGAUUGCAGAUCGUUUUUCUUCCAAACUGCCAAAUAAUGUAAACAGUGCAUUCUAAAGCAGAAUAUUUCUUUAAGACACUUAAGAAUUUUGUCCCAGUUCUGAGUUCCCCUUGGCAACCUAAGGGCGAUGUUUGAUUUGACAGUAAUCUUCUCACUGGGAUGAGCUUGUUUUCAUUUGCUAUUCAUUUUUCUGAAGUAAUGUGACAGUUUUUAUUUCUUGGUUUACCAUUUCUGUUUGAUUGGAUUUUUAAAACAAAUAGUUGUUUUUAAAUAAGCCUCACCAUCUUGCCUGUUAUUUUUGUAUUAACUUGUUAAGAAAACAAUUUUGCAAUUCCUCACUUACAAAUACUACAGAUAUUUAGAGGAGAGUCAUACUCAUUAAGAUACCAGUAUGUUAUAUCCAGUCAAGUUUGAGACUGUUGCUAUGAUAUGUCCCCAUACAUCAUUCUGACUUCUGUUUAAAUAUCUGCUUCUGUUUAAUUUUUUUUAAUAGCCAGUGAACCAAGAAAUAAUUGUCACUCUCUGUCCAAGUUUAAUGUGACCUUGUUUCAUUCUUACUGGUCCUUAACAGUAAUGCUCCCACAAACUGAAUUAAAAUGUCUCUUUCCCUUUUGUAUUUCUUUGUCAAACAUGGUGUAAAUAAAAUAAUGGAUAAUUGGGUUUUGAGGCCAUAUAGAACCCUUAGAUUAGGUUAACAUUUUAAUUCACUCACUGAUAUGCUUGUCAUAUAACGUAUACUGUGUUUGGAAUUUUACUUGAGCUGUUGCCGUUUUGUGAAAAUUUGUGAGUUUCUAGAGGUUUUAAGAGCAUUUUGGAACAUCGGUGCGUAACCAAAAUGGUACUUAUUUUGAGAACUAUUUAUCCUCUUGAUACAUCAUUACAGUGGUUUAUCAAAAAUUAUUUGCAGCGGAAUACAGGAAACUCCUUACACCGUAUAUAUUAUAUAUACUUCCUUUAUACUGUUCAUAUCUGCAGAACAGCAUUUUGCCAUUUCCCUUAGGAUCUUUAUUCCGAUCCUAUUUUUAAAAUAAAACUUAAUUCAAGAAAAUUGUUUCAUGAGAGGUUGAUCUUUGUCUUUAUUAAGUUUGAGCAUUCACAAUUUAUUUGUAUUUGAACCUGCAGCCAAGGUACACGAGCUGCUUCCUCCUUCACCUAUGGUGGAUUGAAAGAGUAAAAAUGAAUGUAUUAAGUUUCUUAAUAUGUUAAUAUAUGUAUUUUGGUUACAUGGAUGAAAUAAAGUGAAGAAAAUGUAUGUAAAUAUUGCACAAAACACCCACUUUUAUGAAAAAUGUAAAGUAUUGAUUUUGUUUAUGCUGGCAUUCCCCUCCAUUUACAAUUAUGGUACCAUUUUGGUAUCUAUUCUAAAAGUCAGCCUCUAUACUAAGAAGGCACAGACAUUUGCCUAAAGUACAUGACUUGCAUGCUUAACUUAAUGGUUGAAAGGCAUUUUUUGCGACCUAUACUAACCUUUUCUUCCCCUUACCCCCUUGAAAUUAAUGGAAAUUCCAGAGCAUGCUCCGUAGUAUAGUACAAUAUCAUAUACACCUGUAUCUUGACUGUUCAUUUUUUUAUAUAAAUCGGAGAGUCAAAUUUUAAAAAAGUACAAUUAUAACUGUACUUGUAUAUUUUAUAUUUCACACGCCUGAAUUUUGUAGAUUGAAAUUUAUAUGUUUUAAGAAUUCAGACUCUUAAAACUAAUUUGCCAACAUCUUAUUUUGAUACUAUUAACUAAGAUAACAAAUAAAAAUAGUUCCUACUUAGCUUUUUUUUCUCGACUUGUUCAAUAUCUAGUGGUGCCUGUUUUUAAUACAUGACAUGUGAUUCUCCCACAAUUUUUAACUACCUGAUCAUAAAUCUAUCUCCCAUCUGUAAACUUAUAUAAUCUUGGCCUCGUUAACACCAUAAGAUGCAAGGGGGUAGGAGUGUUCCUAACAGCACCACAUUAAAACCACAGUCACCAUUUCUCAUGCCCUUAACCCUCUCCAUUCACCAUCACCACCUUCCAUUCCUAUCUUAGUCACUGAUACCUCUUUUCCAGCCCACGUUAAUAUAUCCUUAGAAUAGUUGCAGGCAAUGCAGUGGCCUGAUGAUUGAAACCUCUGCCGGUGUUCUGCCUGCGAACACCCAAUAUAGGCACCUUGAGCCAACUUACUCAGAUGCAGGGAUCUUACCUCCUUUGCUUAUUUUUAGCCCUUUUGAAUUUCUAGCUCUUAUGUUUGACUGUCCAGGAUUGAAUAAAUCAACGAUAAAAACAGAACAAUGCUACAUAAAACACAGCUAAUAUGCAAAAAGAAGUGAUUCUGAGAAAAAUAAGUAUUUUGGAAAACUCAGUCGUCAUUAGGCUUGUUUACUGAGUUUUAAGGACAUUUUGUUGGUAGCAUUUGAUAAGAGCAUUAAUCAGUUUCACAUUUCCUUUUUCUGUUAUAAUUGCAGUAAAUAUUGUUUAGGUAGUAUCAUAAAUUUUAUAUAUGUCUUUGGACUAUUAAAAUCUUUCUUCUUCUCUAUGCCAGGUUUAAUUGGAUGAUUUCUAAGAUGGCUAGGAGCAAUAUUUCAAGCUUUUGUGACAACAACACCUGUGGCUGUUCCAUUUAAAAAAAACCUCAAGUCUUGAAUUUCACUGCUAGUGCACUACAGCUCAGUAGUGUACAGAUUUGAUAUUUAGGCAAUAUUCAUCCAACUAGCAGCAAUACUGGUCAAUGCAUUGCCGUAAAUAAUUUCAAAGAUGCGAAAUGUUUGUGUGCAAUUGUUUUUCAAAAGUACUUACAAUGCAGCUAUGAUCUAUCUGGAUUCUAAAAUAAACAGGUCGCUUUCUAUCGUA